CUGUCAUCUAUCCAUUUUGCAUUGUAACUCAUCUACGCGAUUAACUUACAUCACACACCUAAAAACCAUGGUAAACAUUCAGCAUUGGGAUGAGUUUCAAAGAGCUGCAGAAGAAUUGUACACGGUUUCACCUAAGAAUACACGCUAUGUCGCCAGAUAUCGUCACAUUGACGGAAAGCUUGUUCUCAAAGUGACCGACGAUCGCACAAUUCUUAAAUACAAGACGGAUCAGAUGCAGGAUCUCAACAAGUUUGAACGCUUGAAUCGCUCAUUGAUGGCCAAGAUGCAUAAUAGAAUCCCAGCAGCAACUGCAUCAGAAACUACGCCAGCAUCAGGAACAGGACCAACAGCACUACAGACUUCUGUCUCCACGCCAACACCCGCGCCCACACCCUCACAAACACAGGCACAACAACCAACCACGAUAUCCAACUCAUCAUCACAUCAUGGAGGCAGUGGAAAAUCAAAGAGGAACAAACGCAAAUAAUCAAGAGGAGGCUUUGUUUAAUCUAGUCGCGAGGCUUUACAGACAGAAUCUGAGAUACUCUGUCAUCUAUGGCUUCACUAAUAAAACAGGAAAAAAUACUUUAAUACUCAACGAUGAGGCACUGCUACUGCUG